UGUCUCUCUCCUCUUAGUGGAUGGAAGUUACAAGCUUUGUAUUAGAGUCUGAGACUGCAGUGGAUUAAUACGUGUCUGUCUAUUUAAAGGAACUUUGAGAGGCAAACUACGUAUGUGUGCGAGUGAGAGAAGCGUAACAAUUGUCAAUGGAGGAGAAGUACUGUGAAGUUCAAAGUGACCCAACAUGUACUGGAGAUUGCACAAGGGAGAGGACGACGAUUCUGCAGCCACCGGAAGCCGAAACUGCCAAAGCGUUGAAGCGCCAGAAAUCGUCGUCAUGGAGACUCGACGUCAAGGAGUUCCGACUGCCCCAGAAAAGUGCCGAUGAUCACGAUCACGAUCAUACUUCCUUCACCUUCCGACGCCUUCUUCGGACCAACAGGAAAGAAACCAAGGUUACGAGAUAUUAUAGGAAACAAGAAAAGAUCCUUGAAGGGUUCAAUGAGGUGGAGACCAUGAGUGACACUGGUGGUUUUCCAGGUAGUCUCACAAAGGAUGAAAUGGAGCAGCUUGCCCAGAGUGAGAGGAUGGCAGUUAAUGCGUCGAACAUAGCUAACUUGGUGCUUUUUGCAGCAAAGGUGUUUGCUUCUGUUGAGAGCAGCUCAUUGGCGGUUAUUGCCUCAACUUUGGAUUCUUUCAUGGAUCUCUUGUCAGGGUGUAUUUUAUGGUACACCUCACAUGCCAUGAGGAAGCCAAACCACUAUCACUAUCCGAUUGGAAAGAAUCGGAUGCAACCAGUGAGAAAGAUGGCCGGACAAGUGGCCUUUAGGGGUAGAAUUGGAAGCAAGGUAAGUCAGCACUCUGAGGGUAUCAUUGUUUUUGCAUCAGUAAUGGCAACUCUUGGAUUACAAAUAUUGCUCGAAUCUGCUCGACAAAUAAUUGCCAAGUCUCGCCCAGAAAUGGAUCAUGACCAGGAGAAAUGGGUAAUUGGGAUUAUGGUUUCUGCCACGGUGGUGAAGUUUGUGCUCAUGGUUUACUGUCGAAGAUUUGAAAACGAAAUUGUUAGAGCAUAUGCUCAAGAUCAUUUUUUCGAUGUUAUUACCAAUUCAGUUGGUUUAGCAGCAGCUGUCCUAGCUGUCAGAUAUUACUGGUGGAUUGAUCCUGCUGGAGCCAUUAUAAUAGCAUUAUAUACAAUUAAUGCAUGGUCGAGGACAGUGAUCGAGAAUGUAUGGUCUCUGAUUGGAAGAACUGCACCACCUGAUUUCUUGGCAAAACUAACAUAUAUGAUAUGGAACCACCAUGAAGAUAUCCAGCAUAUUGACACAGUUAGAGCAUACACCUUUGGCUCUCAGUACUUUGUGGAGGUUGACAUUGUCUUGCCAGAAGAUAUGUAUCUGAACCAGGCACAUAAUAUUGGUGAGACACUUCAAGAGAAGCUUGAGCAACUCCCUGAAGUUGAACGAGCCUUUGUGCAUAUAGAUUUUGAGUUUACUCACAGACCAGAACACAAGGCCAAGACUUGAGGGCAAUGAAUCACUGGUGCUAGCAAUGACCAUAUUUCGGGUUUGCACAGUACCAGAGCCUCAAAAGCCUUUACUGAUUUUCUUUUGUUUACACGUUAUGUUAAUAUCUUUUUUGUAUUAAAUACCAUACUACUGUACUAUUGCUAUAUUACAUCUACACUUGUACUUUUGUUUUGUACCACAAUGUAUUCUUUAUAUAAACUUUCCUUCCUACAAUAAGACAGAUGUAUGAAAGUCAAUACUAAAGAUGUAGCCUAUCAAAAUUUAUAGGCCCUGGA